CAGUGCUGUAGCCGCGCAGUUCCCUUUUUGCUCCAGACGUUUGAAAGCUGGCACGGCAAAAGCGUGCUGGUGUGGCGUACCUCUACAUCUCAACACUGACAUAUUCAGACUCACAGUGACGCAAACAUGGAACUGAAUGAUGCUAACCUCCAAACCCUCACAGAGUUCCUUCGAAAAACGCUGGACCCAGACCCAAACGUCAGACGUCCAGCUGAAAAGUUUCUUGAAUCAGUGGAGGGAAACCAGAACUACCCCUUACUGCUUCUGACUUUGCUGGAAAAGUCCCAAGACAAUGUCAUUCGUGUGUGCGCUGCUGUUACAUUCAAAAACUACAUCAAAAGAAACUGGCGCAUUGUUGAAGAUGAGCCAAACAAAAUUUCGGAUCAAGACAGAACCACAGUCAAGGCAAACAUCGUUAAUCUGAUGCUGAGCAGCCCGGAACAGAUUCAAAAGCAGCUAAGUGAUGCCAUCAGCAUCAUUGGAAGGGAAGACUUCCCUCAGAAGUGGCCUGACCUUCUCACAGAGAUGGUGACCCGGUUCCGCAGCGGCGACUUCCAUAUUAUCAAUGGAGUGCUACGUACCGCACAUUCUCUAUUCAAGAGGUAUCGACAUGAAUUCAAGUCAAAUGAGCUUUGGUUGGAGAUCAAACUGGUUCUGGAAACAUUUGCCUUACCUCUGACAGAGUUGUUCAAGGCCACGAUUGAGUUGUGUCAGACUCAUGGUACAGACGUCAAUGCCUUGAAGGUCCUCUUCUCGUCGCUCACACUUAUCUCCAAGCUUUUCUAUAGUCUUAACUUUCAGGACCUUCCUGAGUUUUUUGAAGAUAACAUGGAGACCUGGAUGACCAAUUUUCAUGCACUUCUCACCCUGGAUAAUAAACUUUUACAAACAAACGAUGAGGAGGAAGCAGGUCUCCUGGAGCUCCUCAAGUCACAGAUCUGCGACAAUGCUGCUCUGUACGCUCAGAAGUACGAUGAGGAGUUCCAGCCAUAUCUUCCUCGUUUUGUCACCGCCAUCUGGAACCUCUUAGUUUCUACAGGCCAGGAAGUUAAAUAUGACCUGCUGGUGAGCAAUGCCAUCCAGUUUUUGGCGUCAGUCUGUGAAAGGCCACACUACAAAAAUCUAUUUGAGGAUCAAAAUACGCUCACUAGCAUUUGUGAGAAAGUCAUUGUGCCCAAUAUGGAGUUCAGAAGUGCAGAUGAGGAGGCCUUUGAGGACAACUCUGAAGAAUACAUCCGGAGGGACCUUGAAGGCUCUGACAUCGACACUCGUCGUAGGGCGGCGUGUGACUUGGUACGAGGCCUUUGUAAAUUUUUUGAGGGUCCGGUCACGGCAAUCUUCUCUGGAUAUGUGAACUCCAUGCUGGCCGAGUACGCAAAGAACCCCGGUGUGAACUGGAAGCACAAGGAUGCCGCCAUCUAUUUAGUCACGUCACUGGCAUCCAAAGCACAGACACAGAAGCAUGGAAUAACUCAAGCCAACGAGUUGGUGAAUUUGACGGAGUUCUUUGUGAACCACAUUCUUCCUGACCUGAAAUCCCCUAAUGUUAAUGAAUUCCCAGUGUUGAAAGCAGACGCAAUCAAGUAUGUGAUGAUCUUUAGAAGCCAGCUUCCGAAGGAGCAACUGCUUCAGGCUGUUCCUCUGCUGAUAACUCACCUGCAGGCAGAGAGCGCAGUGGAGCACACGUAUGCGGCACAUGCCUUGGAGAGACUGUUUACCAUGAGAGGCCCGAACAACACAACACUUAUCUCUCCUGUAGAGAUGGCACCUUUUACCGAACUGCUGCUCGUCAAUCUGUUCAAGGCAAUGGCACAUCCUGGUUCAUCAGAAAAUGAAUACAUUAUGAAAGCUAUCAUGCGUAGCUUCUCGCUGCUCCAGGAAGCCAUUGUUCCCUACAUUCCCACGCUGAUCGAUCAGCUCACUCAGAAGCUCCUUUUAGUCAGCAAGAACCCAAGCAAGCCCCACUUCAACCACUACCUGUUUGAGUCCCUGUGCCUGUCUGUCCGCAUCACCUGCAAGGCUAACCCGACCACUGUCAGCAGCUUCGAGGAAGCUCUCUUUCCAGUGUUCACAGAGAUCCUCCAGAACGAUGUCCAGGAGUUUCUCCCGUACGUGUUCCAGGUGAUGUCUCUCCUCCUGGAGAUCCAUUCCAGCUCCAUACCCUCUUCCUACAUGGCUCUAUUCCCACAUCUGCUGCAGCCUGUGCUGUGGGAGCGGACGGGGAACAUCCCCCCUCUGGUGCGCUUGCUUCAGGUGUACCUGGAGAAGGGAGGAGCCACUAUUGCCACAUCUGCUGCUGAUAAAAUACCUGGAUUGCUCGGCGUGUUCCAAAAGCUUAUUGCCUCCAAGGCUAAUGACCACCAAGGAUUUUACCUGCUCAACAGCAUCAUAGAGCACAUGCCCCCAGAAUCCCUCAUACAGUACAGGAAACAGAUCUUCAUUUUGCUCUUCCAGAGGCUCCAAAGCUCCAAAACCACCAAGUUCAUCAAGAGUUUCUUGGUGUUUGUCAACCUGUAUUGUGUCAAGUACGGAGCCAUUGCACUCCAGGAGAUUUUUGACAGCAUCCAGCCCAAGAUGUUCGGUAUGGUCUUGGAGAAAAUUGUUAUUCCGGAGGUUCAAAAGGUGUCUGGAACAGUGGAGAAAAAGAUCUGUGCUGUUGGCAUCACAAAGAUCCUCACCGAAUGUCCAGCCAUGAUGGACACUGAGUACACGAAGCUCUGGACCCCACUGCUCCAGGCCCUCAUUGGUCUAUUUGAGCUGCCCGAAGACAACAGCAUCCCGGACGACGAGCAUUUCAUUGACAUAGAAGACACGCCCGGUUAUCAGACCACUUUCUCACAACUGGCCUUUGCUGGAAAGAAGGAGCACGACCCUAUCGGGGAUGCUGUCGGCAAUCCCAAAAUACUGCUGGCCCAGUCCCUCCACAAGCUUUCUACGGCCUGUCCGGGACGGGUUCCAUCAAUGCUGAGCACCAGUCUAAACGCAGAGGCCCUCCAGUUCCUGCAGGCUUAUUUACAGGGAGCCAAUGUGCAACUGGUGUGAGCGUGACACCACCAUCUUUACACAGUCCACUACAGUUAGUCCAUGGAAUCCCCACAGAGGUAAUCAUUCACAAACGUGGCUUUUCUCUGAUGGUGAUUUAGUUUUUAAACAUUUUAAGACUACAGAGACCAAAAACCAUGUUUUGUUUUUUUUGGGAGGCAAAAGCUGGGGGAAAAAACAGUUUGGGUAGUUCUGGCAUUGAUGAUGACUUCAACUGCAGCACGAGCAGAAACAACUUUCACCAAACGUCUGAGUUUCACAUUUCUGUAUUAUUUUUAUUUUUAUUUUUUUGUAGGAUUGAAUAUUGUGUAGCUUUGUUCAUGUCUAGUCUGUUUCAGUUUCAUGUGAAUAAAAAGAGGCACUUGUAUAGAUUGGUUAUGGUCUCCACAUCACUUCAGUCCAUAAUUUGGUCCUUUCGUCAGUCUGUCCAACCCAUUCUCCAGCGUGACUUCUUAG